AUGGCAAAAAGGAGAAAGGGUCGCCAAAAGGUUGACAUGGUAAAAAUGCAAAAUAAGACCCUUGUGGUAUUUUCCCCGGGCAAGAAAGUUUACUCAUUUGGCCACCCUUGUGUGGAUUCAGUGGUGGAUAGGUUUCUCACAAAGAACUCUCCACCAAAUAAUGGCCAUAACCAGCUCAUUGUGGCUCAUCGAAAUGCUAGUAUUCGUGAUCUCAAUAUGGAGCUCACGAACAUUGAGGGGAUUCUCCAAAUGGAAAAAAAUCGCAGAAAAGCCCUACAAGCAAGGAAGAGAGAUAACGGUCAUUGGUGGGAAGCUCCAAUUGAAGGACUUAACCUUUUUCAACUGCAACAACUGAAGGAGGCAAUGGAAUGCAUAAAGAAGAAAGUUGAAAGAGAGGCACAAAACCAACAAAUGGUGACUAGUAAUGCAUUCCCAUUUCUCACAUUUGGAAGUGCCUUGUCUCCUACGGGUGCUAGAGCAAGAUCUUCAUAUGAUUCUUAUGGCUCUUUUCCAUUUCAAAAUAGGGUUUCAGGACUCAACUUUGGUGCGCCUUUUGCUAACAGAUCCAGUGGAUCUACUUCUUCAGUAGUUCCCAAGUAG